GAAAACAGAAGUCAGCGGUUAGCAGAUAAAGCUAUGGUAUUUAUGGCAAGAGGCAUUCAUAAAAAAUGGAAACAACCAUUGGCCUAUUACUUUAAUAGUGGUGGCAUAAAAUCUGCAGUCCUGACAAAAGCAAUAAAAGAUGUGAUACGUGCUACAAGAUAAUCUGGAUUAAAAGUGGUUGCCACAGUUUGUGACCAGGGUGGCCCAAACAGAGCGGCAAUAAACUGUCUGUAUGAAGAGACAAAGAGAAAUUUUGCAUUGCAGGAGAAAGAAAAUCAUGGUUUUGGUUUUUUUAUUGAUGAUGAAGAAGUUGUUCCUUUAUUGAUCCACCUCAUCUGUUAAAGUGCAUGAGAAAUAAUCUUUUUGAACGUAAUUGUAUAUUUACUGGGACUACAGGAGAAAUGACUGCAAAGUGGGAACAUUUAAGAAAACUAUACAACCUUGAUUCCAAUGACGAUACAGAUUAUAAGAUGUUACAAAAACUUUCUGAGCAACAUAUUAACAACUUAAAGAAAAUGAAGGUAUCCAUGGCUGCUCAAAUAUUUAGUAGACGAGUUGCAGCACUACUAAAAGGACUAGCACGAUUAGCUUCAAAUGAAGAUAUGCCUUCCGAGGCGAGUGAAACAGCAGAAUUUAUUUUGUUCAUGAACAAAUGUUUUGACAGUCUGAACGGUGUUAAGGUUAACAAUUCAAAUGAAGAAAAUUACCUUCGAUGUGCUGUUGAUGAAGAUUCCCCCCACAUGGCAUUUUGGAUAGAGGCUAUAAAGACUUUACAAUCAGUUAAAUUUAUUAAAAGUAAUAGUACAAAGUAUGUACCUCCUUCGGUAAAAAACUAUAUCCAUACGUUAAAAGGGUUUAGGUAUCUCUGGCCAAAAUUAAAAGAUGAUGGUUUUAAAUUCCUCUCCAUAAGAAAUUUUAAUCAGGACCCUUUAGAAAAUUAUUUUGGCAGUAUAAGAAGUCAUGGUGUAAGAAAUAUCAAUCCAACGUGUCAAUCAUUUAUUAAUUCAUUCAAGGCAUUGUUAAUAAACAAUUUUCUCUCAACACAUUCCCCGGGUUCAAAUUGUGAAAAUGAUGAAGCUGUAGCACUAGAUUCCUUAAGAGAUUUUUUUUCUAAAUCAAGAGAUGAAAUUUUACCUCUAUUACAAGUGCCAGAUUUAUCUAUACCUGAUCAGUUACCACAAAAUAAUCCACCACUAAUAAGUAGAGCCAAUAUCUUGGGCUUCUACAAAUUAGAGUUGGAAAAACUUUCAUCAAACUCAGUGUCCGCCAGUAUCUUCUUGACUGAUGGUACACUGAUCAAGUUAAAGGAAAACCUGGAGGUGCACUUUAAAAGUCCGUUAGACGCCGAGGUCAGUAACCUUGAACUAAAAACACCUGAAAAAUGCGAAGAUCCUGUGGAAACUGGCUCUAUUUUAUCCAAAAUGUUAAAGCAUCUGGAAGAUAGGGUUCAAGAACAAUCGCAGGUAAUAAAACAUCUUAUAUCCCAAGAAAAAGAGAAAAGUGAGGUUAAGAAGUCAUUGCCGUCUUCUUCUUCCUCUAAUCUUGCCCCGAAAAAGCAAGAAAGAUUAAAGAGUAGUUCCAAUGCACCGAGUACAUCUGGCAACACUGCAAACCCCACGGUCGAUAAAGAAGAAUUCAUAAAUGUCAAAAACAAAAAUGAUUCUAAUGGAGUCAUUCCAAAUAAAAACACCAAAUGGGGUGCGCUGCGCACAACAAUCAUAAAAGGCACGGCAAAAAGCGAAGAACAAGACGAAUUUCAAGCUACAGCAAAAAAAGCUUGGCUUUAUAUUGGCCGGGCACAUCCAAGUACAAGUGAAGAAAAAUUAAACAAUUACUUAAAGAAAAAGUUUCCUCAAAAGAUGUUUGAAGUGGAAGAGAUCAAAAAACAUGAAAGCAACACAAACAAAAAUAAAUCGUUUAAAGUAAAUUUUGAUUUUGGCUUGCUAGAAGCGGUAAUGAAACCAGAAGUUUGGCCACAAAAUCUUAUUGUGAGAAAAUAUACCUUUCGAAGGCAGGGAAGGGAAUCUGAAUUAUAA